GAGACCCUGACCCAGUCACCCCUCCGAUCUCUGUACUGCUCUCUCCGGGGAUGGGUCACACUCGCGAUCACUUUGCACGCGCGUGCACACGCACAUUCUGCGACACUCUCACCCCCUCCCGCAGGCGCCGAUGACCUCACGGCGCGCGCGCAGCGCGGCCCGGCGAGGUCGCAGAUUGGUUGGCCGCGCCUCCGCGGCACUUCAAAGCCGGAGAGGGAGCUACAAUUGUGGCGGAAUGGGCGGAACUGAUCAUUGUAUUGCACACCUCUAAAAAAAACACUGCCUCUGAUUUAUCAAUAUAAAAAAGAUCCUCUGAGAGGAGGAGGGCGCUUCUGUGUGAUGGCAACUUCACUUCUAGGGGAAGAACCGAGGUUGGGAUCCACUCCUCUGGCCAUGCUUGCUGCUACCUGUAAUAAGAUCGGCAGCCCCAGCCCGUCUCCCUCCUCCCUGUCGGACAGCUCUUCUUCCUUCGGUAAAGGCUUCCACCCCUGGAAACGCUCUUCGUCCUCCUCCUCCAGCAGCUGCAACGUAGUGGGUUCCAGUCUCUCCAGCUUCGGCGUGUCUGGGGCCCCCCGGAACGGCGGCUCCUCCUCCGCAGCAGCAGCGGCGGCGGCGGCAGCGGCGGCGGCCGCAGCCCUGGUAUCCGACUCGUUUAGCUGCGGCGGUUCGCCGGGCUCCAGUGCCUUCUCCCUCACCUCCAGCAGCGCCGCAGCCGCGGCCGCAGCAGCCGCAGCGGCCGCCUCCAGCUCGCCCUUCGCCAACGACUACUCCGUGUUUCAGGCCCCGGGCGUCUCGGGGGGCAGCGGCGGUGGGGGCGGCGGCGGCGGCGGUUCCGGGGCGCACUCACAGGACGGUUCCCACCAGCCGGUGUUCAUCUCCAAGGUGCACACGUCGGUGGACGGGCUGCAGGGCAUCUACCCGCGCGUGGGCAUGGCGCACCCGUACGAAUCGUGGUUCAAGCCCUCGCACCCGGGCCUGGGCGCCGCGAGCGACGUGGGCUCCGCGGGCGCCUCCAGCUGGUGGGACGUGGGCGCUGGUUGGAUCGACGUGCAGAAUCCCAACGGGGCGGCUGCGCUGCCUGGCUCGCUGCACCCUGCCGCCGGGAGUCUUCAGACGUCGCUGCACUCGCCGCUCGGAGGCUACAACUCGGAAUACUCGGGCCUGAGCCACUCUGCUUUCAGCAGUGGCGCUUCCUCUCACCUGCUCAGCCCGGCGGGCCAGCAUCUCGUGGACGGCUUCAAACCGGUGCUGCCAGGCUCCUACCCUGAUUCGGCCCCGUCGCCGCUGGCCGGCGCGGGCAGCUCCAUGCUGAGCGCCGGGCCCGCGGCGCCACUGGGGGGAUCCCCACGCUCGUCCGCGCGCCGCUACUCGGGCCGCGCCACCUGCGACUGCCCCAACUGCCAGGAGGCUGAGCGGCUUGGCCCCGCGGGGGCGAGCCUGCGGCGCAAGGGGCUGCACAGCUGCCACAUCCCGGGCUGCGGCAAGGUGUAUGGCAAGACGUCGCACCUAAAGGCGCACCUGCGCUGGCACACGGGCGAGCGGCCGUUCGUGUGCAACUGGCUGUUCUGCGGCAAGCGCUUCACGCGUUCAGACGAGCUGCAGCGGCACCUGCGGACCCACACGGGCGAGAAGCGCUUCGCCUGCCCAGUGUGCAACAAGCGCUUCAUGCGCAGCGACCACCUGAGCAAGCACGUGAAGACGCACAGCAGCGGUGGCGGCUCUGCGGGCUCCAGCGGCGGCAAGAAGGGCAGCGACACCGAUAGCGAGCACAGCGCUGCGGGCAGUCCGUCUUGCCACUCUCCUGAGCUGCUGCAGACCCCGGAACCCGGCCACCGCAAUGGCCUGGAGUGACUGUCGUGCAACCUCCCACCUGGCCGUGUCGGGCUCGUACGCCUGGCCCGGGCUCCAGAGUUGGCUCACCGUCUCGCGCUCUCUCCCCAAUUCCCCGUUCCCCCUUUCUCCGGCUUCCCUCUCCAGAUUUUAUGAAAGGGAUGUGGACAGUAGGUAAGCCCGCUCCUGCGGCUGGAGCCCUGGCUCUCUCCUGCAAGGUGACAGAGAGGUCUGGCUCAGUGGGAACCCGCUCCUCCAGCUCCCGGCCGGCGGAAAUUCGAGGGGGCAGAAGCCUCUGGAGUUAGAACAGGGUGAAUCGGGCAAAGCACCCUGCCCGGACCCCCGAGCGCGCCCCUUGUACCACUGUCCAACUUUGAGCACUGCCCUGCACGCAGGCCUACUGCACCCUGACCGGGUUAGCAGAAUUUAGCUCUCCCCACUCAGCUCUGCCUAGCUCUUAUGCGCCCUGCGGGUGAACCGCUGCAACUUGUGCGAAGGGAAAUCAAUGCCGCAACCGGUUUUCAUCUCUGCGACUUUUUUUUUUUUUUUAAAAAAAAACAACUGAAAAACUGAGAGGAAAAAUAAACAAGCAACCUUCCUCUUGGCUUCGCGUUUAAAUACUUUUUCUCUGCCUGUGAGCACGUCUUUCCAAACUGCUAUUACCGGUCCAAAAGUUACUUUGGUGGCAGUAACUUAUGGGGUGGGGGUGGGAGUGAGGGUAGGUGUCUUUUUCUUAUGCAAAAAUACCCCCUUUCCGGUGAGAGCAGAUUAACCGCCUUCGUGUUUGUCCCUUUCUACCUCGUUUUUUCACCAUUCCCGAAAAUCUUCUCCCAAUCUUUUUUUUUUCUCCCCCUUUGAGUUAGUUCAACAGUCAAUUUAUCUACUCAUUCCUGUAAAUUAUUGCAAGUCGUUUAAUAUUUUCGGAUUAAACUUUUUUUGUGGUUUAAACUCAGACGAAAAAGCUAUCGUUUAUUUCAGAUGAGGCUGCAGUUUAAAUGCCAAAAGAGGGAAACAGUAAAUAAAAUUGAAAUUCUUUGUAAAAUAUAUCUGAACCUAAUGGUUUGUACAACUGGAAAGUCGUUCUAGGUUAGUUUCCUAUUAGACACGACUCUGCCGCUGUGAGGUGUGAGGCACAUUGUCCAGGAGACGAUUUUGUAUAGUAUUUUUCUUGUACAUUACUUCCGGUAAAUAUUUGAAAAUAUAUUGAAGUAAACUUGAUUUUUUUCUUUUUUGUCAGAAGAAAAUAUUAAGAGUUAUUCCUGAGGUUCUGAUGAGCUGCAGGUGUUUUUGAACUCAGUUCUGGAGGUGCAGAGCCACACACCCGCACUUUCCCGGCCUAGUUUUGCUCGAAUAUGAAUUUAGAUAGGUAUCAAGCUGUAACUAAGACACUGUUUGAUAAAUGUUGGAUGACAUUUAAUUUAAUGGAGCAUGUACUUAUUUGCAUUUGCUGGCAGUCCAGGCGUAGUUAAAGUGAGAGUUCUUCUAUACUUCAUAAUAACGGGGUCUGGCAAACCCAUGUAUUAAAUAAAUUGUCCAAGUGAUACUCGACUAACUUUGGCCUUUGUGUAUUUCCUGAAGGUGAUAUUGUUAACUGUUGACAAACACUCCUGACACUACAUUUAAGUGUUGUUUGCAGAGUCUGCAAACUAACUAUUCAUUGUAAUGUUGAAAUAAUUUGGAUAUUUCACAUUGAAAUGAAAAGCCUUUCUCUGGAACAUUUUAGACUUGCAUUUUAAAUGCAUGAAAUGUAAUUGAUUUAUUUGUAAUAUUUUAAAUGGUAUUAAUA